UAUUUGUCCUACUUCUUAUCCAGUACACAAUGCCUCCUGAGGCCGAGCAACUCCACGGGUUUGCGAGUAUAUAAUUAUAGUCAUUGACAUUUCUGAAAUAUGAUACUAGCUAAUUGCGCUAGGAUAUCUUUUCGCCGGAUAUACCCCAUAUUGAUUGCUUGUAAAGUGUCGGUACAGAGUCCAAACGUCAAGUAUCAUAUUGCAUCUUGAAUUAACACAACAAUACUGAUAGCUGUCGUUACAUGUUGUGAAUCAGCAAAAUGGCGUCUGGUCUUUCCCAUAUUGCUCUUCUCUUCAUGUUGCUGGUCAACACGGCAAGGUCUCUCCCUCGGCCGCGGGAUCAUGACUCGGUAAAUACUGCAAAGAACAAAGCUCUGAAAUACAUGUCUGAGGUGCCACUUAUAGAUGGUCACAAUGACUGGCCAUUUCAGAUCGUUAGUCGGAUCGGAAACCAGCUCCAGAACUUGAAUCUGUCACAGGAUCUGAACCCUAUAUGGGGUCAUAGUUUUACCGAUAUCCCGAGACUCAAAGAAGGCAGACUUGGAGGACAGUUCUGGGCGGCCUAUACCACCUGUGGAUCUCAGUACAUGGACGUUGUGACACACGUGCUGGACCAGAUUGACGUCAUCAUAAGGAUGUGUGAUAUGUAUCCAGACGUCUUCCAGUUUGUAACAACAGCUGAUGGUAUCUUGGAGGCUCAUAAAAAAGGGAAAAUAGCCUCUCUCAUCGGGGUCGAAGGCGGACACAACAUCGAUAACAGUUUAGCUACACUGCGCAUGCUCUAUCGGGUUGGAGUUCGCUACAUGACGGUUACACAUAGCUGCAAUACCCCAUGGGCUGAUAACUGGUUAGAAACCGCGAAAGACGAUCCAGAAUUCAAUGGUCUUUCUGCAUUUGGGAAACGUGUCAUCUUGGAAAUGAACCGUAUAGGUAUGCUGGUCGACCUUGCUCAUGUAUCUCAGAAGACCAUGUCAGAUGUACUUGACAUUACCACGGCUCCAAUCAUCUUCAGCCAUUCGUCAGCCUAUGCUGUUUGCAACCACGACAGGAAUGUACCGGACUACAUCUUGAAACGCAUGGUUAAAAACAAAGGCGUUGUGAUGGUGAAUUUCUACACAGCAUACGUGAACUGUCCCCCAGGAAACGUAUCUGAUGAUCUAACCUACGCAACCGUUUUUCAAGUAGCAGAUCACAUGGAUCACAUUAAAUCGGUGUGCGGCUGGGAAUGUGUGGGCAUAGGAAGCGACUUUGACGGGGUGCCAACCAUGCCCGAGGGCCUGGAGGAUGUGUCGAAGUAUCCUAAUCUCAUCGCCGAGUUGAUUCGCAGAGACUGGACGGAGGAAGAGGUCAAAGCUGCCAUGGGAAACAACCUCCUCAGGGUUCUACGGAGAGCAGAACAGGUUCGAGAUGAAAUGCGGGCGAGUACCCUACCAGACGAGACACGGAUAUCAGUCCACAGCCGCCACGAGAAAUCUAAUAAAUGCAGGACCGUCUAUUACUGGCCUCAGCUCUUCCAGAUUCGAGGAAAGAGAGCUAGUAACGACGAUCAAAUGACGCUAAUUGAUAAUUGCUUGUAAAGCGAACAAUAAUUGUGGCCACACAAAGUAUGUGAAUAUAGUUUCACCGCCCCACAGUAUUCCAAAUAGGAGGUUUUAACCAAUUAUUGUACGUAAAGUACAGAAGAUUUUUUUUUUUUUUUUUUUUGGGGGGGGGGGGGCCUAACUGCUUGUAAAGGGAACAAUAGUUACACCAACAUUAUGAGGCGUUUUUGUCGAUAAAUGACAUUUUGCUCGCCCCAUAGCUGGCCCAAAUUCCAUAAAAGAGAGCUGAUGGCGACGACAAACUGACCCUGUUAUGGGUACUAGUAAAGCGUACAAUGAGAUUGGUCACAUUUUUUAAAUACGGUUCUAUAGUUUACAACCACAGUUUUUCAAAUAGACGUUUCCGUCAAUGACAAGCUGGUCCGAAUUCGAGGGAAAAGACUUAAAGCCCCACUGUACGACUUAUAGCUACUUGCGCCCUCUAUACAGCCAACAAUGCCUAAACGGUACCCGUGGUCACCCAUGAUCCUCUUUUUCUUAUGUUACUUGAGAGCCAAUUGGAUGAUAUAACCACCUGUCAGUGACCACCAGGGUCAAAAUAGUGCAGACAGGCUUUAAGACGUUCUAGUAAAUGAAUACGCUGUAUAGUAUUCUUUUAUAUACAUAUUGAUACAAAUCUGGCCUUAAAAGUGUUGUUUUUUUGUAAUAUGAUAACGAUUGUGGAACGGACACGUUCAAUUUAUGAUCUUGAAUAAGAGGGAAAUCACGUGGAAUAAAUUUCACCUGAAUAAUAUCUCAUUUCACGAUCCGAAUUAAAAGAAGUUAAAAUUGUAAUAUAAAAGGCAAGCCCUAUUAAAUUUUAUCAAAUAAAUCAUAAUUGUGCCAUAUGAAUCUAUAUUUCAUUGUAGUAGAGGAUAUUCGUUGUAGAUUGUGAUUGUCUUUCUCAGGUUUAUUCUAAAAGUUGCCAAGAUAUACAUAAACGUAAUGUAGAGUAGGACAUUGACAUGUAUUUCAUGGAUAUAUUUUAUGCAUUUUAUAUAUUUUAUAUAUAUUUGUAUAUACAUGUGUAACGAAUGUUAACCUUUGUAACUAUGAUAUUAAAAUUCAUUUACUAUAGUAA